UGAUGCAACAGAAACAAAAUCAGAAACAUUUCCCAGAAAAAACAAACAAACAAAGAAUCACAAAGAUGAAGUAGAGUUUGGGCUGCAUAAAACAAGCUCUAUUACACUGGUGUAACUUCAGACGCAACCAGUGCUCCUCUAACUGGUUCUACUGGGAGAACACGGAGUGCCACAGGUGGAUCUUAUUGGUCAGCCGAAGCUUCUGUGCUGUCCAUAAAAACGCACCACAGGAGCUCUGGAGGGGAGACCGAGCGUAAGGGCGCAGAGCAGCCGCGCCACGGAGCUCACAUCACGGCCGUGUGUCCAGAGAAAACACCUGUCACUGCAGGACUACACACAGAGGAGCGCAAAAAAAAAGGACGCCACGCUCUGAAACAAGCUUAGGCUCCUGAGUGAAACCUGCUCUCCUGCUCCUGCCACUGUCUGGUGGGAAAAUGUGGGUUCUGGAUAAGAUCCGUGGCUCGGUGGAGACCAGUGUGCUGAGACAAGGAGACAACGGUGACAGAAAGGCUGCAGCUGCGCCGUACAGCAACGUGCUCACUCCCGACAAGAUCCCAGACUUCUUCAUCCCCCCAAAGCUGGUCAGCUGCCCUCCAGAGCCCGAGACGCCGAGCAUCAAGCCCAAAGAGGGGCUGCAGCCGUCCACUUCUGAGCAAACCAUUAGCAGCAACAGGAAGAUCAGCAGUCCGAGGAGCCCUCGCCUGGUGGCCAAGAUCGCAGGAGAUACAAAGAACCUGCUGAGAGCAGCAAACCGCCACAUCAUCCAGAUAGAGAGUGCGGAUGACGUCGUGGCUGGGGACACCAAUGCAGACCCCCAGUCGCAGACUGCGAUGUCUCUGCCAUACGUUCCCAAGACUCAGACAUCUUAUGGCUUCGCAACCCUGAAGGAGAGCCCCCACACUCGACGCAAAGAGUCCCUGUUCCACUGCGAGCUGACCAGUCCCAUUACUUCUCCAAACACCCAGAGGAAGACUCCAGGGAAGGGCAGUGAGACAGGGAACCAUCUGACCCCCGCUGACUGCAACACCUCCCACAUGAACCCCUACCGGUACUUCAGUGGUGGAGAAAGUGACACCUGCUCUUCCGCUGAGUCCUCUCCCUUCAGCUCUCCGUUGCUGUCCCGCUCCGCAUCCCUCCUCAAGAUCUUCACGCAUGAGACACAGGCCAAAGUGGUGAAAGCCAAGCGGACGCUGGCUCGCCACAGCUCCCUGUCAACAGACGAGUGCAGCUCGGCCGAGCCCAGCCCCAACAUCCAGCGGCGGCUCCGCGUCCCGUCCCUUCACGGCGCCGGAGGAGCGUCUGACCACGGCCUCCAGCGGGAGCACACCAUCAACCUGCACAAGGGCGGCACGGUGAGGAUCAGCGCCAACCACGACUCCGGCACGUCACGCCUGCUCAUCCGAGUCCUGGUGGCUGAGAGUCUGUACGACAAGCACGUCGACAUCAAAAGCAUCAACUGCUGCGUGUCUGUGUACCUGAAUCCAGGCAAGCUGCAGAAGCAGAGGAGCAACAUCAUCAAGAACAGCCGCAACCCAGUCUUCAAUGAGGACUUCUUCUUUGACUCCAUCAGCUCUGUUCAGGUGAAGAACCUUUCUGUGAAGUUCAAGGUGGUGAACAAGGGCACCAGCCUGAAGAGGGACACGCUGCUGGGAGAGAGGGAGGUACCACUAGCAAAGUUGCUCUCAGGACUCUAAAGCCACAGCAGAUGGAGCUUAAGUUGAUAACUUGGAAUUUUCAAAAAGCAGUUCUGAUAAAAGUUUACAAGCAGUUACCAUCUGACCUACUGUAGAUGACUCUUUAGGCAUCUUACUUUAGUUUAAAUCCAGAUCAGUCAGUCAUCGUGGCUGAAGCUGUUGCUAGUCUGAAAUUAGCGACCAAAGUGGAUUUCUACAGUCUUGAAACAACUCAGAUCUCAAAAACAGCACUGUGGUUUAUAAAAACUUGUUUUUAAUUACAGAGUUAUCUGUGAUUACUUACAUUUUACACAGGAAGGGGAGGCAGCGCGUCUGCAAUGAUCUUCCUGUGUGAAACAUAAGAAGAGAGAAAAACACAAAAAACUGAGAUCUAUUUCCUUAAUUUGCCUCGUUUUUCCAUCCCGUUAAAGCUCUAAGGUUCUGGUACAGUUUUGUGUGGGUCCUCUCCUGACCUACUUCUGUCAAAGCUGCUUCUGACCUGAAACAUGCUUGGCCCUGGUUAGACCAGCUGUUAGCUUCAGGCUCUGGGACCAACAAACUUGGGUUCAUAAUUAAUAAAGAUGCCAAGAGUUAUUUAUUGCAGGUAAGCUAUUAACCGCUUGUGACCUUUCCACAGAACCUCUUCUGACUGAAGCUGUACUUUGGUGUUUGCACUGUUUUCUCCAUCACUCAUUGACUUUAAGAAGGAAGACUCUAUGAAGAAGAAAGGUUUUUACCAUAAGCUCGGAGAACGACCUCCCUGGUGUACACAAAUGGAGGAUUUACUUCACUUCUUCUCCUAAAAAUGGAUUCUCAUCGAACCAAACUGAACCCAACAGCACCAGAUGAAUGUGGCAGAUGAAAGCUCUCCCUCCAUUCUGAGCAUAUCUCCCGGCCGAGUGUCCCGAGCCAGGCCCUGCUGGUUCAAAGGUUGGACGGCACCUGUGCGUCAGGCUGUCUCCUGUCCUCCAGCGCCAACGUCCUCGUCGUGGUUUUAUUAUUGUAAUGUGACUGAAAUCCGCAGCAGUGCAGGAUUUUUACAUCGCCUCCACCAUCUGCGAGCACAGAGAUGCUUUUGAGAACGAGUGCGCGCUUUGAAGUGGCCCUAGAUCCUGAUGUGCAAAUGAUCCUUUGAUCUGCACGGGGAAGGCAAGGAGCGAAAAGAGUGCCCACAUUUACAUGCACAUCAAAAAUGGAAUUACAAUAUGAUUGAUUAAGCAAAGGACUGCAAUGAUCUGAUUAAACUUGAUUAAAACAUCAAAAUUAGAAAUGUUACACAACAACCAAUACCUGCUUCUUCAUCAGUACCGCACCGUCUCAGUUUUGCUUUCACAGACCAGAUCCAACCAAGGUUAAAGGCUUGCCUUGCUUCAGAAUAAUUAGUUUUCUCUCCAAAACUGAUUAUGCUAAUAUAGAGAUGCCUGUUUAAAAUCACAAAAUAGUUCUUGCUUUGGAGGCUGCCAAUAAAGUUUUAGUAGAAUAUAUUUUGACAAACUGAAAAUUCACUAUAUAAAAAUAUAUGAAGUAAAAUGCUGGCACCAGUAAUUCUAAAUCAAUUAAUGCCAGAUUAUUACAUAAAUGUGCAGUUAUCUUAUUUAUCUGAUUUUCAACAUUGUGAAAAGAAAUGAUAAAAAAAACCCUAAAUCUAAAUCUAUAUAAUAAAAAUUUGAUAAAGUAGAAGAUUCAAACAUCAAGGCAGACAGGAAUAUGUCAUGAACAUACAAUCGAUUUUUCAGAUCUAUUGUGAAAUCUAUUGUCUAGAUCUCUGCAAGCAACAGAUCAUGCCUGGAUGCCUGAUGUCCAGGCUUCAGAUUACAUGCUGAAAAACAUGCCUACAUAUCAGAAGUUUAUGCUAAUAUGUAAACAGCAUUUCCUCAAAUAAGGUCGUUGUCAAACCAAAUGUCAUUUUCUGAGAUUAUGUGUUAGGACAGAUUUAGAAGGGUUUUGUGAUAAAUGUGUCUCUUUUGAUGCUGAGUUAGUGGAGAACUGGACAGGACUGAAAGAAAAACAAAGAGACGCAUUGAGAGCCUGGAUUAAACUUGAAUAACAAUCUGUUUUGAGGAAUAAUAAU